UCCAGCCAUAUUUGACGCCUCCAUUUUUGCCUUUUCUUCCUUACUCUUUCCCUGCGCCUGUGAAUGUGAACCCCCAGAAAACACCUUCUUCUUCUUCUUCUUCUUCUCUCUCUUCUUUCUCUCUCUUCUUUCUCUCUCCUUCCUAUAAAAACAGAGACAAACCCAGUUGGAUUUAUGCAGUAUUUGUUUCUCUCUCCUGUUUGUUUUGGCAUCAAGUUAGGCCACUUCAAAAAAAAAAGCUGCCAAUUAAAUAAAGCGACAGAGAAAAGAAAACCCAAAGAUCAAAGCUUUGCUUGGGAAUAUGGUUCACUAUAUGCGGUAUCACCAGGCCUGGAAAAAGGGGCUCAAUUUAAGAACCCAUUACUAUUUUGAAGGCGAUGAAGAGAACCCUUCUUCAGCUUUUUCUUCUUCUUCUAUGGGGUGCGGCGAUUUGUUGUACUCUGUUUCUGGUUACAAGAGAGCGGCGAGGCCCAAGUUUCUGUUUCUUCUGUUUCUCUGUCUUCUCUCUUGCUGCUUCGUCUUUGCUCCCCAUUUCUUCUCCUUUUUCUCAUCCUUCUAUUCUUUUGGGUUUGGGGUUGAAGAUGGGGAGUUCUCUGCUGCUGAUAAGGAGGCUUUUGCUCCGCUCUGUUCUAAAAUCCCUAAUGGAACCAUAUGUUGCGACAGAAAUAGCAUUCGUUCUGAUAUCUGUAUUAUGAAAGGAGACAUAAGAACAGAUUCUUCCUCCUCAUCAAUUUUCCUCUACACCUCACGUGAUUCCCCGAUCGACAACGAUGACGAUGACGACGAUAACGAAGACGGGGUGAUCCAAGUCGAGAAAAUCAAGCCUUACACAAGGAAAUGGGAGAAAAACACAAUGGACACAGUUGAUGAAUUGGAUCUCAUCGUUAAACGAAAGAGCGAGGUCGUGGACCGCCGCCACCGGUGCGACGUCUGGCACGACAUUCCCGCCGUGUUCUUCUCGACGGGGGGCUACACGGGCAAUGUUUAUCACGAAUUCAACGACGGGAUUCUGCCACUCUACAUAACUAGUCAACAUAUGAAGAAGGAGGUAGUUUUUGUGAUCCUUGAGUAUCAUAAUUGGUGGUUCACAAAAUAUGGUGACAUUCUUUCCCAACUCUCAAAUUAUCCUCCCAUAAACUUUGGCAAAGACAAUAGAACUCAUUGCUUCCCACAAGCCAUUGCUGGCUUGAGAAUCCAUGAUGAGCUGACUGUGGAUCCUUCACUGAUGGAAGGGAACAAGAGCAUCGUCGAUUUUCGGAACAUGUUGGACAUGGCAUACCGACCCCGAAUCCGAGAGUUGAUUCGACACGAGGAGAAGGAGGUCAAAGAUGAAAGAGUAGUAGUGUCUGCAGAUGAAGCAAAGCGACCUAAAUUGGUGAUUUUGUCGAGGAAGGGGUCGAGGGCGAUAACGAACGAGAAGAUGAUGGUGAAGAUGGCGGAGAAGAUCGGGUUCGAGGUGAAAGUUUUGAGGCCAGAUAGAACAACAGAAUUGGCCAAAAUCUAUAGAGAGCUCAAUGGAAGUGAUGUAAUGGUAGGAGUCCAUGGAGCUGCGAUGACACACUUUCUCUUCAUGAGGCCUGCCUCAAUUUUCAUCCAAAUCAUUCCAUUGGGGACUGUUUGGGCAGCCGAAACCUACUACGGCGAGCCCGCGAAGAAGCUCGGUUUGAGGUACAUUGGGUACGAAAUUCGACCAAAGGAGAGUUCAUUGUACAGCCAAUACGACAAAGAAGAUCCUGUUCUUGUCAACCCAGAUAGCGUCACGAAAAAGGGGUGGGAGUACACGAAGAAGAUCUAUCUUGAUGGUCAGAAUGUGAGGUUGAACCUCGCUCGGUUUCGGAAGCGGCUGGACCGUGCUUAUUACUACUGCAUUGCCCGAGCCCGACGCGGUGCUCGAUCGGAGUGAUGGUUGCUGAGAUUCUUCUGCAUCAUGUCCAUUUUUUGGGGGAAAGAAAUAAAGGGGGAGUUUCAAAACAUUGUUUCUGUACAUAACAUUUGAUUAUUCUUGUGUGUUUAUUUUGCACAUAACUAACCCACUUGACUUGGGUUGUGAUUUGUGAAUCAUUACAAAGAGACCAAGUUUGUGUAAAUUUUAUUUUUUAGGUGAGAUAA